CUCUGUGGCUUUAAAGGGGGAUCUGUCGGGGCUGCAUCAGGAGGAGUUUUCAUUAAGCUUAAAAAAAAAUAAACUGAUUAUUUUUAUUUUUCGCCUCUGUGGAUAUAAUAAUGGAAAACUUGGGUUAAACUCAUCCCUGAGGAUUAUUCUUGGAUUCUUACAGAUUUUGGGGGAUUUUCUUGUUUUUCCUCUGAAGUUGAGCAGGCAGCAGCUCGGUGUGUGAUCAUGAAGCAGACAGGGGUCUUCCUGCUCCUGAUGCUGUGGACCUGUGAGGGCGCGAGGGUCGCAGAGUCCAGAGAUGACAACAGCGUGUUCGACCUGUUUGAGCUCAUCAAGGUCCCCAGCAAGAACCACGGGGUGACCCUGGUGAAAGGAGACGACCCGUACAGCCCCGCCUACAAGAUCCUGAACCCGGACCUGAUCCCCCCGGUCCCCGAGAGCGCCUUCAGGGACCUGAUCGACUCCAUCCACGCCGAGAGGGGCUUCCUCCUCCUGCUCAACUUCAAGCAGUUCAAACGGACCAGGGGCAGCCUCCUGACCGUGGAGAAGCGCGACGGCUCGGGACCCGUGUUCGAGAUCGUCUCCAACGGCAAGGCCAACACGCUGGACGUGGUUUUCUCCACGGAGAACAAGCAGCAGGUGGUCUCCAUCGAGGAGGCGGAUCUGGCCACGGGCCACUGGAGGAACAUCACGCUGUUCGUGCAGGAGGACCGCGUGCAGCUGUACGCCGGCUGCGAGGAGGUGAACACCGCCGAGAUGGACGCGCCGAUCCAAAGCGUCCUGACGCACGAGGUGCCGGCCGGCGCGCGCCUCAGGGUGGGAAAAGGGGCCGUGAACGACCGGUUCAUGGGGGUUCUGCAGAACGUGCGGUUUGUGUUCGGAACAACCCUGGAAGCCAUCAUGCGCAACAAAGGAUGCCAAAGCUUUGUUACAAGCGACACGAUGAUCCUGAACAAUCUGAACGGCUCCUCUGCCAUCAGAACAGAGUACACAGGUCACAAGACUAAAGACCUGCAGAUGGUCUGCGGCUUCUCCUGUGAGGAUCUUCUCAGCAUGUUCAAGGAGCUGAAGGGYCUUGGCGUGGUGGUCAAGGAGCUGUCCAAUGAGCUCCGCCAGCUGACGAAUGAGAACAAACUGAUCAAAAACCGCAUCGGAAUCCACAGCGGCGUCUGCAUCCACAACGGGAUCAUGCGCAAGAACAAAGACGAGUGGACGGUCGAUGAUUGCACAGAGUGCACCUGUCAGAACUCUGCUACAGUUUGUCGUAAGAUCUCCUGCCCGCUGAUCCCCUGUGCCAACGCUACAGUUCCUGAUGGGGAGUGCUGCCCCCGCUGUGGAACACCGAGCGACUAUGCAGAGGACGGCUGGUCGCCCUGGUCUGAAUGGACCCAUUGUUCUGUGUCUUGUGGGCGGGGCAUUCAGCAGCGUGGGCGCUCCUGUGACCGUAUCAAUAACAACUGCGAGGGCACCUCUGUACAGACCCGCGACUGCUACCUCCAGGAGUGUGACAAGCGCUUCAAGCAGGACGGCAACUGGAGCCACUGGUCCCCCUGGUCAUCAUGCUCCGUCACCUGCGGCGCCGGUGUCAUCACUCGUAUCCGCCUCUGCAACUCCCCCACCCCGCAGCUCGGGGGCAGGGAGUGUGUGGGAGAGGGCCGGCAAACCGAAAAGUGCCAGAAGUCUCCCUGUCCCAUCAACGGGAACUGGGGGCCCUGGUCUCCGUGGGGUACCUGCUCCCUCACCUGUGGUGGAGGUGUUCAGACUCGUAAGCGCCUGUGCAACAACCCCUCCCCUCUGCACGGCGGUAAAGAGUGUGUUGGCGACGCCACAGACAAACAGAUGUGCAACAAGAAAUCCUGUCCAAUCGAUGGGUGCUUGUCCAACCCUUGCUUUUCUGGAGCCAAGUGCACCAGUUUCCCUGACGGUUCCUGGAAGUGUGGAAAGUGUCCAGUUGGCUACACGGGCAACGGCAUCAAGUGCAAAGAUGUCGAUGAGUGCAAGGAAGUUCCAGAUGCUUGCUUCGAGUUUAACGGUGUGCAUCGCUGUGAGAACACACAACCAGGCUACAACUGUUUGCCCUGCCCUGCCCGCUUCACCGGACCGCAGCCGUUCGGCCGAGGCGUGGAGCAAGCUGCAGCAACCAAGCAGGUGUGCACGCCUCGUAACCCCUGCCUGGAUGGGAGCCACGACUGCAACAAAAACGCCAGAUGCAACUACCUGGGUCACUUYGCUGACCCCAUGUUCCGGUGCGAGUGCAAGCCUGGUUAUGCAGGCAAUGGUCACAUCUGCGGAGAGGACACGGAUCUGGACGGAUGGCCCAACGUCGAUCUGGUCUGUGUGGAAAACGCCACCUAUCACUGUAAAAAGGACAACUGUCCCAAUCUUCCUAACUCGGGUCAAGAAGAUUACGAUAAGGAUGGAAUCGGUGAUGCUUGUGAUGAUGAUGACGACAACGAUAGCAUUCCUGAUGAUAGGGACAACUGUCCGUUCGUGUACAACCCCCGGCAGUACGACUAUGACCGCGAUGAUGUGGGCGACCGCUGUGACAACUGUCCUUACAACAGCAACCCGGACCAGACCGACACAGACAACAACGGGGAGGGAGAUGCAUGCGCCGUGGACAUCGAUGGAGAUGGAAUCCUGAACGAGAGGGACAACUGUCCUUAUGUAUACAAUGUUGACCAGAAGGACACAGAUCUGGACGGGGUGGGAGACAUGUGCGAUAACUGUCCUCUGGAGCAUAAUCCCGAUCAGUUGGAUUCAGAUGAUGACCGCGUGGGAGACAAGUGUGAUAGCAACCAGGACAUCGAUGAGGACGGACACCAGAACAAUCUGGACAACUGUCCCUACAUCCCCAACGCCAACCAGGCGGACCACGACAAAGAUGGCAAGGGAGAUGCCUGUGACCACGAUGACGACAACGAUGGCAUCCCCGAUGAAAGAGACAACUGCAGACUGGCCUUCAACCCUGACCAGCUGGACUCCGAUGGGGAUGGCCGUGGGGAUGCUUGCAUGUACGAUUUCGACAAAGACAACGUGCCCGAUAUCUACGACGUGUGUCCUGAGAACUUCGACAUCAGCCAGACAGACUUCCGCAAGUUCCAGAUGGUUCCUCUGGAUCCAAAAGGCACCUCCCAGAUUGAUCCCAACUGGGUGGUUCGCCACCAGGGCAAGGAGCUGGUUCAGACUGUCAACUGUGAUCCUGGCAUUGCUGUUGGUUACCACGAGUUCAACGCCGUGGACUUCAGCGGGACUUUCUUCAUCAACACAGAGAGGGACGACGAUUACGCCGGCUUCGUGUUCGGGUACCAGUCCAGCUCCAGGUUCUACGUAGUGAUGUGGAAGCAGAUCACGCAAACCUACUGGUCCAGUAAACCCACCAAAGCCCAGGGCUACUCAGGCCUGUCCAUCAAAGUGGUGAACUCUACCACUGGCCCCGGAGAGCACCUGAGGAACGCCCUCUGGCACACAGGCAACACCCCAGGACAGGUCCGCACUCUGUGGCACGACCCAAAGAAUGUUGGAUGGAAAGACUUCACCGCCUACAGGUGGCAUCUGAUCCACAGGCCGAGAACAGGGCUGAUCAGAGUUGUGAUGUACGAGGGGAAAAAGAUCAUGGCAGAUUCUGGAACCAUUUAUGAUAAGACGUACGCAGGCGGCAGGCUGGGUCUGUUUGUCUUCUCACAAGAGAUGGUAUACUUCUCAGACCUCAAAUAUGAAUGUAGAGAUGCUUAAACAGACGGGUGGAAUCUCUGAGGAACGCACCUUUUUAAUGUUUUUUUUUUAUAAAGAACUUCUUUUUUCUCCUGCGACGUUCAGAGGUCUGAUUUAAUCUCAGUGUUGCUUUUUUCCUGUGGCUGGCAGUCAGCUGGCUGCCAGUUGAGGAGCAGGGAUGAAGAUUGCAAAAACAAACAAAAAAAAAAACCUUUAGCUUUGCAAGAUGGACUCAGACAUGUUUUCACUCCGGCUCUGCUUCCACUCAGUGAAAGACCUCGUUCAGUUUUGUGCAGGAACUCCUCCUCAUAGAAAACUCUGCACUUCCAAGCCUUUACAUCUCUCUCUGUGCUUUAUCCCACUUCUUCAGCGUUUCAAAUCCCAAAGAUAAAAAACUCUUUUCAAUCCCAAAACCAGCCAUAAAACAGUUUUUGAACAAUGCAACUCGUAAAAUGAAGACACUUUUUUUUUUAGGAUUUUGUUGUUGUUGUUGGAAGUGGGUUGGCUCGAGGAAACACUGUGUGAGUCUGUGUUUCAGCAUGUUGUGUGUGGCUGACUGAGCGUGAACGGAGAAAGAAAGUUCUUUAUCUACCUAAGAGUCUCUAUUGAGUAGAGAAAUUGCAUUUCUAGUUUACGUAGAAGUUUUGUGAGAUUUGUUUUUGUCAGAUUUUUGACUCUCAGGAUCAGAUGGAAGUGAUGAUCUUUUUUACAUCAAACCAAUAAAAAGAAAAAAAAAUCAGGAUUAUUUUUUCACUAAAUUGCCACAGAGUCCCUCCACUUUUUUCCACUGAAGAAAUGUAUCCACCUUUUGGAGGAUGUCGAGAUAAAAUGAUGUAAAUACAUUUAAUUUAUUGACUCCUGUCUACAGUGUAGGCAGUGAAACAAAGAAACAUUUGGUACUUUCAAAAGUAACAAAUCCUUAUGAUAUUGUCUUUGUUACUGUCAAACUGAUUGACAAUGAGGUAAAAUC